GUGUUCUCGGUAACUUGAUCCUGGACCGUUUCCGCCUCCAGUCCUCCGGUUUCUGCAGAACCAGAUCGGAACCAGAGACCCAGCGGCGGGCACCGAGUGGCCUGGACGGUCCGUUCAGUCACCGGCAGCACCGGGACCAACGGCGGGAAACCGUUACCAUGGCGAAGACCUACGACUACCUGUUGAAGCUGCUGCUAAUUGGAGACAGCGGCGUCGGGAAGACCUGUCUGCUCUUCCGGUUCAGCGAGGACGCCUUCAACACCACCUUCAUAGCCACCAUCGGAAUCGACUUUAAAAUCAGAACGAUUGACAUCGAAGGGAAGAAAAUCAAACUUCAGAUCUGGGACACGGCAGGUCAGGAGCGGUUCAGGACGAUCACAACAGCCUAUUACAGAGGAGCCAUGGGCAUCAUGCUGGUGUAUGACAUCACCAUGGAGAAGUCCUUCGACAACAUCAGGAACUGGAUCCGCAACAUAGAGGAGCAUGCGUCUGCAGAUGUGGAGAAGAUGGUUUUGGGGAACAAGUGUGACAUGAAUGAUAAGAGGCAGGUUUCCAGAGAGAGAGGAGAGAAGCUCGCCAUCGACUACGGGAUCAAGUUCCUGGAAACCAGCGCAAAGUCCGGCAUCAACGUGGAGGAGGCCUUCUUAACUCUGGCCACAGACAUCAUGAGCCGCCUGAACAGGAAGAUGAGCGACUGUAACCCGUCUGCUGGAGGUCCGGUGAACAUCUCAGAGUCUCGAUCUAAAAAGAGUCUGUUCAGGUGUUCGCUGCUGUAGGCGGAGCCUCCUGCCGAUGUGGGCGGGGCUUCUGGUCAGACCCCGCCCCUUCCUGCCUCUGCUGACCAUCUACCUGUGGACACAUGAAGAACCUGCUGUGAAUCUGCCUUCUUUCCUUCUCCUGUUCUACCUGGAGGGGGCGGAGUCAAUAUGACUUAAUGAAGGGGAGGAGCCAAUAUAUGACUUAAUGAAGGGGGCGGAGCCUGUCUGUUUGACCCAAAGCCUGAGGAGUCUCUGCUGCCCCAAACAAACAUGGAGGACAGAGCAGCUCACCUGGUUCACCUGAAAGCUUUUCACCUGUCUGACUGUUUACCUGAGGUACUGACAUCAUCAGAACACCUGAAAUCACCUGUCGGAUUGAAACUAAACUUUGUUUCCUCUUUAAUUAAUUCAUCCUCAGAUGUUCCAGAAAACAUUUCAGUUCUAAAGUUUACAGAAUAAAGAUCAGCUGAUCAAUAGAUAAGAUAGUCCUUUAUUUCUCCCCACGCCAGGGGAAAUGCACAUUGUUACAGCAGCUUAUGCAGCAAUAAACACAAUAAUAGUAAUGAAAUAGUAGUAAUAAUAUUUACAAUAUGUACAGGGAUGAGAAAUGAGAAUGAAAUAGUAUAGUAUUGACACACUGUAAACAACACAAUAUAAAUAUUUUAUCAAUAGUUAAUAUUUGGUUAAUUUUCACUUUAGAAUCCAGAAUGAAACCUUCAGAAAAAAUAAACUUAAACUAAUAAAUAAAAUGAAUAAAAUCUUUCAGUUUAAACAUCAGAGGAUGGAAACAGGAAACUGAACUCGUUUGUUAGUCGGAGCGUUCUGAUUGGUCGGCACUUUGUAAUUCGCUAUGCAAAACCACUUCCUGUUGUUUGUGCGCUUUGAUUGGCCGCCUGCUCCUCACAGCUCAUCAGAGGAAACUUUUUUUUUUACUGAAUUGUUUGAGUUUAUUUUUUUACCUUUCAGAAUAAAGGCUCUCACAUUUGCUCUGUUCCUUAAAGCCUUUUUAAAAUAAACAUUUUAUAUUUGUCA